GGCCAGUCCGGGGCAGAGAAGCAGCAGCAGGGGCAAGACGAGGAGCAGCAGCAGGGCGACCACGAAGAGCUGCAGCAGAAAGAGCAGCAGCAGCAGCAGCAGCAGCAGCAGCAAGGCAGGGGCAACGCAAGCGCGUCUCCCGGCGUUGUAGCCCUGGGCGCCGCUGCUGCCCUGCAGCAGCAGGGCGGGGCGUCGCUGCAGCGGCUUGCUGCUUUGCUGCUGCUGCUGCAGCAAGACCCCAGCAGGCUGCUGCUGGCUGGGCUGGUGUGGGGCCGCGCCCAGGGGCAGUUUCCUUCUUCUUUAGAAGAACUUUCUGCUGUUUUGCUUCCUCUGAAGACUUUAAAAGCAGAUGGCCGGCAAAGCCUCCACCUCGUGGCUCUCCGUCGCCCCGCUGCUGCUGCUGCUGCUGCUGCUGCUGCUGCUGCUGCGCGUGGCUGCAGCAGCAGCGAGAUGUACGCGCUGGAGACUAUCUUAAAGAGCGAACUGACGGACCCGUUCGCCUACGUGGAGGCCCUCUUAGAGUUCAGCUACGUCCGCCCAGCAGCAGCAGCAGCAGCAGCAGCAGGGGAGCAGCACAGGCGGGCCGGAGUCCCGGCUGCUGCUGCGGGCCCCCCCGUGCUGCUGAACUCCCCGCUGCUGCUGCAGCUGCAUGCAGUCUACCAAGACUCGGAGUGUCUGUACAUCUUCCGGGAGUGGCUGCUGCCUCCAGCAAAGAAGCUGGCAGCUUUGCUGCCGCCCCACAGGGGGUCUGGGUUGAGUGA